UUGAAAGAGAAGCACCUGAGCGUCUCAUGGUUCACGAUGUGGCUCGGAUGGCCAUGGGGGUACCCACUGUGCCGCGCCAGUAGGCCAAGACUGAUGGUCAUUCCCAACCUAUGGGCCCCGACUGCCCUGUUAUGUCUGAUUGUUGCGGUCUCAAGGUAUAUAAGAGCCCAGAUGACCACUCGGCACUCGAAGUCUUCUCUAGUACCGAACCCACAGUGACCCACUAGAUGGGAACUGGAUUCACUACGGACGUCAUCUCCUCAGCUCACGCUACCAGUCAUAAUGCGUAGCCUUACUCGAGAUCAGACAUCAAGCCCAAGGCAGGGACCGAGUCAUCAGGCUAGCUUGGUGAAGACAUAUGUCUUCUUCUCAAACGACAUGACUUGGGCCGCGACCACCGUGUGGUGCUAUGACUACCUCUUGACUCUAGAUAAAGAGGCCCGAUAUUUCUGGUACUCGAAAUGGUCUUUGAACAAAGUGCUCUUCCUCGGCUAUCGCUACCCUGUACUCCUAAAUACGGUCCUCAACUAUUGGGUAAGAUUCAUGGUCCAGACUUCAUUCUGCGCCUGCGGGAUCGUCCUACACGGCCAGAUGGCCAUGGUUAUCAUUGACGUUGUCAGUGCGACUGUGUUCGCGGCUCUGCGCGUAUAUGCGCUCUUCGACCGCAACCGGGUUUUGUUCACUCUAGUCCUGAUAUCUGGUUUACUGAACCCUGCUAUCAUGAUCUACAUAUUCACAAGAUCAAUCCCCGCUCCUCUCAUCCUGUUCCAAGGAUGUUCAUUGAGCAUUGUGGGCAGGUCCAUGGCUGCAAGAGCUGCCUCAGUUCUCUCAGACAGCAUAGUCUUGAUACUGACGAUGAUGAAAACAUACAUGAAGGCUCACGACACGGCGGAACAUCCGGCACCAGGCGCACUGUUUCUGUGUAUCAUCAACACCAUUGGAAUUGGGACCGCACGCAUGACGGUUACAAUCCAGAUCGUCCAGACUUGGAUUAGCAUCUUGACCUCAAUACUCCUGUCUAGACUGGCCUUGGAUCUGCGAGAGACUGCGCUCUUGGAGUUCGCUGGUACAACGGAGCUUGAUGCUUCCGUAGGUAGCAACCUAGUCUUCGCUGGCGUUGAUGAUCCCGUAAGGCACGCGACCGACGAGCCGUUGGAGGACCUAGACUCGAAUCAACGUUCCGUCUCUGACGGAUAUCAUGCCGACUUGGAAUGUUAAUCGAUGUGCGUAUUUAAAGCCCGGAUAAUGUAACGAGCCCAUGGCAUACUUAAAUGGGCAUGCCUGGCGAGUCGGUCCUAUUUAUCAACGAAGGUUAGCGUGACCAGAGGAACAGAUACAUGACACCUCCGUGAUAUCGAUG